UCGAAUCGAAUCGCGUUUCCGAAAAUGCAACUAUUCCUUCUACUCCUUCUGGGAGCCUUGGGCUAUUCGCUGGCCUUUCCGCGCACCUAUAGUUACGACUAUCCCCGAAGAAGAUCCUACUCCUCCUCGUACUCCGGAAAUUCCUACAACUCUCUGAGCAGCCGGAAAGCCAAGGAGGCAACAAGUACCACCACCACCACCAAGUCGGACAAGGAAAAUGCCAAGUUUGCAGGAGCCUCCAACCAGGAGCUGGAUGAAUCCGGCGAUGAACGCACUCUGCUGCUCAAAAAGAAACUCAAGAGACUGGCGAGGCCCUACUUAGGAUAUGGCGGAUACGGUGGAUAUGGGGGAUACGGUGGAUACGGAGGUUAUGGAGGAUAUGGAGGUGGUCCUUGCGGUCCAUUUGGUCGCGAUGCCAAGGGCGGACAGAAAGAUCCCGAUGAGCAGGGUCGCUUCCUGUUCGACGUGAAUGUGGUGAAAGUUUAUCCCGGCGGAUGUCGCGGUUAUGGAGGAGGUGGAUUGGGUGGUCUUGGCGAAGGACUCCUGUCCGAUCCCCUUCCACCUGUUCAACCCAUUCCAGUGCCAGUGCGUCCGUAUGCUCCAUUUGCCACCUGGCUGUCGCUCUUUGCUCCCGGGAUUCUGAACUCUGCAGUUGUGCCCGGUGUCCCCGUCAGGGAUCCACUGAGAGAUCCCAUUCGUCCUGGAGAUGCCCAGAGCGAUCCCGAAGUGGAUCCGAACUAUGCGGCACCUCCGCCAGUGAGGCGACCUGUUCCCAAUCGAGUUUACUACGAUUCUGCAGGAGCGCCUCCAGUGACACCUGCCCAAUUAGUUGGAGGCGUGGCCACAACCGUAAACGGAAUUAUUCAGCAGCUGACGGGUCAAGUUCAACCAGUUUACCAAACGGGAGGCUAUCGGUCAAGGGAUCAGCGAAGCAGCUACGGAUAA